UCCCCUUUUCUAACUGCUAACCUUCAUUUUCUGUACUAUAUAACUACUCAACCGCAUAGCAUGAAAGUAACCAAGUGAAAUUAAAAUGGCACAUAGUAACAUAUCAUCAUGGCUCCUUAUAGUUCAAUUAUUUUUCUUGUUACUAACCCAAACAUAUGCCAAAAUUCCGGCAAUUAUUGUCUUUGGUGAUUCAUCGGUCGAUCCAGGCAAUAACAACCAUAUUGAGACAAUUGCUCGGAGCAAUUUUAUGCCAUAUGGUCGUGAUUUUGCAGGUGGUAGGGCGACCGGUCGAUUUUCUAAUGGAAGAAUUACUACUGAUUUUAUUUCAGAGGCAGCUGGUUUAAAACAAACAGUUCCAGCAUACUUGGAUCCAGCUUAUAAUAUGUCUGAUUUUGCUGUUGGAGUUAGUUUUGCCUCUGCUGGUACUGGAUAUGAUAAUGCUACUGCUGAUGUUCUGGGUGUGAUACCCUUGUGGAAAGAAGUGGAGUACUACAAAGAAUACCAAAAGAAACUAAGAGCUUAUCUUGGUGAAACAAAGGCAAAUGAAGUACUAAGUGAGGCAUUAUAUGCCACAAGCCUUGGAACAAAUGACUUCCUUGAAAACUACUACGCAAUGCCUCGAAGGAGAUCUCAAUACACUGUGGAUCAGUACCAAACUUUCCUUGUUGGAAUAGCCAAGAAUUUCAUCACAAAUUUGUACAAUCUUGGAGCAAGAAAGAUAUCACUUGGUGGGCUUCCUCCAAUGGGGUGUAUGCCAUUAGAAAGAACAAGAAAUGUGGGAAAUGGGAAUGAAUGUAUGGAGAGUUACAAUGUUGUGGCUGUGAAUUUUAAUGGAAAAUUGAGUGGAUUAGUGGAGGAGUUGAAUAAAGAGCUUCCUGGUAUUCAAGUUGUUCUUUCUAGCCCUUACGACCCUAUGCUACAAAUGAUUAAAAAACCUUCCUCAUAUGGGUUUGAGGUUGCUUCAAUGGCAUGCUGUGCAACAGGACUUUUUGAGAUGGGUUAUACAUGUGAUCGAUACAAUCUUUUCACAUGUCAAGACGCAAACAAAUAUAUAUUUUGGGAUGCAUUUCAUCCAACGGAGAAAACUGAUCGUAUCAUUGCUGAUCAUGUGGUUAAAACAGCACUCUCCAAGUUUUUAGCAUAAUUAGUUAUUAUAAGAUGGAGAUAAAUCUAUUUGUAUGCUUUGGUUGUUUCAUAAUUCCAUAUAUAAUUAGUAGGGUAUGUAAUUUACGUGUGUAAAUUCUUAGAUGGAGUGGAUUUUUAGUUACUUAACUGGUGGUGUUGGGUGAUUUUCUUUCAUCCCUUAUAUGAAGAAGGGAUAUAUGUAAUGACAAAAUGAGUUUUUUUACGUGCUAAUAUAAUUACCUUUUCUUGAAA